CGCGGUCGUGCGACGUAGCUAGACUGUGGCAAAGUGUACUGUGACAUGUGUGACUGUGGCAAUGUGUGACACUAGGAGAACUGAAAACAAUAUAUUCGAUUGUGAAGAAUCCCGCUUAAAACUUUCCGACAUUGAAAACAACCAUAACUUACGCUUUAAGAGUUAGAUAUUUGGGUUUUUUAUAAGUGAUAUUCAUAUUAUACAGAAGUUCACAAGUUUUGUAAUGUUGGCUACUCUCUUGGUCGUUCUAGUUUACAUGAUUCAAGGACUGGAAUCUCUCAGAGAUGUAACUCUUGAGGCUCCCGAAGCAGUCAGGACUGGAGGCUUCUUGACACUAACUUGUGCCUACCACCUUGACAGAAACUCUCUCUACACCGCCAAGCUGUACCUGGAGGACACAGAGUUCUUCCGCUUCGUUCCCCGGGACAGACCUCCUACCAUGAUGUUUCCUCUUCAAGACGCUUCUGUACAUUUACAGAUGAAUAGUCUCAACAAGUCAGUGGUGACCCUUGGACCGAUGCAUCGAGGUUUGGCGGGUAUCUACAAAUGUGAGGUGACUGAGGAACCACUGUUCCACACCAUCAUCAAGUCGUACUUUGUCUCUGUUACAGAAGACCCUGUAUCAAGACCAUCCCUAGUGACUAGCAAGAGUGUGUAUAAUGAAGGGGAAGACAUCUCUGCCAGGUGUAGUUCUAGGGGAGGUCAUCCCCCAGUGAACAUCACCUGGUACCUUGAUGACAAACAGAUCUCUGACUCUGCAGUCGCUGAGAUAAGGAGCUAUGUGAUCGCAGGAGAUGUUGAUAUGUCAGUGUCUGAUCUUCGUCUAUCAGUUCCCCCCUCCCCUCAUCAGUUUCGACUGCGCUGCACAGCUUCUCAGUUUGACAUAUACUUAGCAACUACAGAUAGACUCUUGAGGAUAAACUACUCCGUCCCUCACGUUCCCACAAAUCAAACUGUCUCUUUGAGUUUCAUUCCCUCCCAGCCUUUCAGUUUUAUGUUAUUGUUUGUGUAUAGCACUUUUGUAUUUAGUGUUUUUUAGUGUAAACAGUUGAAUAAGAGCU